AUGGACAGUAACGAUAAUUCGGCCUAUUCGUCGGUGAUUAGAGAGUGGCAAGGUGGACAUUUUCGUGGUCGAAGUGGACGAAGAAAAAGAAAACGACGAAAGCCAUGGUGUGAAAGAAUAGCCGAUUGGACGCGUGCUUUCAUUGCCUUUUUGUUUAGCAAUGUUGGCAUUGUAUGCCUCGUGGUCAGUUAUACGAUUGCCGGUGCAUUUCUCUUUCAAUUUAUUGAAGGCAAAAACAGUCAAGACAGAGCCAGUCACGUUCUUAUUUUAAGAAACGACACUGCCUUUCGCCUAUGGGAACUCACGUGCAAGUUAAACGUAUUUUCGGAGAGGACCUGGAAGGCGAGAGUUCGUGCAGAGCUUGCAAAUUACCAAAAAGAGAUCGUGAGUGCAAUAAAAAACGGAUACGAAGGAGCUGAUACCACGGGUGAGAGUAAGCAAUGGAGCUUUGCUGGUGCUUUCCUUUACUCUCUCACAGUCAUUACAACUAUCGGUUAUGGGAACACUUGCCCUAGGACCAAAUGGGGUAAAGUGGCGACAAUAGUGUACGCCAUUGUUGGAAUGCCUCUUUUUCUCCUCUACCUCAGCAACAUUGGCGACAUUCUCGCCCGGAGCUUUAAGUGGACUUACGCCCGUUGUUGCCUUUGCAGAUGUCGCAGGAGACCUCGAGGACCUCCACCUCCUCGAGAACAAAUAGCAAAGAAAAGCCAUUGGCAAAUGGUAAAUUUACAUGGAGGUGAAAUGGACACUUCAAGUUUGGACCAGGAAAAUAGUUCCAACACCGAAGAGAUUGGCGAAGAGGAGGACAAUGACGAUGACGAAGACGAUGAUGAAGACAGUGACGGAAAAUACGAUCCGCAAAGGGUCACAGUACCUCUCACUCUUUGUUUCGCCAUUAUGGUGGGGUAUGUAUGCGGGGGAGCUUUCCUCUUUUCCGAAUGGGAGGAAUGGGAUUUUCUCGACGGCUCCUACUUUUGUUUCAUAUCCCUUUCCACAAUAGGCUUCGGUGAUAUUGUACCUGGUGAUAAGAUCACAGGGCAGGGCCAGGGAUUCGAACUGUCUUUCGUCUUUUGCUCCAUGUACCUGAUGCUGGGUAUGGCGUUAAUCGCCAUGUGUUUCAAUCUGAUGCAAGAGGAAGUGAUCGCCAAGAUGCGUUCCCUCGUUCGCACAGUAAAACACAUAUUCAGAAUCGCAGAAUGGAGGAAGAAAAAUCGACACGCUAAGGAGCCACUAGCUGCAGCUGCAGCUGCGGCGACUGCACAUGCAGCGGUCCCUGCAACUGCGGCCAAUUGCAGCGCCAAGUGA